AUGUUGUCCCAUAAAAUCGCGCGACUUCUCCUACUUCUAGUUUUGUGUUUCCUGUCCCAUCUUUUAUGUGCCGGGUUCUGUGCAACUGAUGGUCAUGGUGGUUCACCAACCAACGGCAACCAAUAUUAUUUCUGUAAUGCGGAUAACUUCACUAAACAACUGGAACCUCCUGUGAAAAAUGAUUCUACUACAGGCAAUUACUGUGAUGUUGUAUUUCUUCUUGAUCUUGAUUCCACCUACACUUCAGAAGAGAAUUAUACACAAGUCAUAGAAUUUAUCAGUGAUACGACUGAUACUUGUAUGAAUCGAGGAAUCGGUUAUAAUGUGUUUGCUUAUCCAAUGUGGAAUGAAAGCUUGACGACAAAAUGUUGUGAUCCUCAACAAUGCAGAGUAAGCUUCGGAUUCAUGAAAUAUGCUGACUAUGUUGGCCAUUACACCAGUUUGGAUCCAAUUCAACCCGUAACUUCUCAGUACAAUUUUAGUUAUGUGCUAAUUGACGACCUCAAAAAUAUCGGCGGCAACACAAAAGACGCAUGUCUUUACAAUAACUAUGUUCUCAUAACCAAUCGAAUCUUCGAUAUACGACAGCAGCCAAUAGUGAUCGAUGAAAUUUCGAAAAUCGAGAACGUUGGCUGUCUCACUCUGACAGUUAUUGUUGUUGGGAAUGAUCAAAUCACAACAAAGGAUAUGUACGACUAUUAUCAAACAACAUUGAAUUAUGUGGUUCCCAAUUUCAACUGUCUGUAUCUUCUCAAAGACUGUAUAAAACCAUGUGGAUCGAAAGGAUCUAACGAAUGUUUCCAAUUGGCUCUUAGUACUUGUGCCAAUCCAACAACUCCUGAACAAACGACGGUUGCAACAACACCAACAACACCAUCAACUCCAGAACCCACACCAAACGCAUCGUUUUUGAAUGAUUGGCAAAUCACGUAUCUCUUCGCAGUCACAAACGCGACAACUGAUGAAGAAUUUAAUCGUCUUGUGAACUAUAUUUCCGAUCCACUGCAGGAAUGUAAUGGCAAGUCAAUGAUCAUCAGAUUUCUUGCCAGAGACAACAUGAAUUCUGGAUGGAUGAACGAUUUAAAUCAUGCAGGAGACUAUUUGCAAAAAUUGAAACCCGAAGAAGUGCUCAUUGGAACAGGUCCACUUACAGAUCGUGCCUCACUUUUACCUGGAAUGGACAAUAUCACAUUUGAUUUGGUUUAUGAAGCAGUGUCUAGACCUCCAAAGUACAAUGAAGGUGUUUCUGUUCCAAGAGUUGUUCUUCUCACUGAUUUUGUGUCUAAAUCCUUCUUGGAUAAUUACAAUACAUCCCUUCUUCCACUUCUGGAAUACUACGACUUUAACAUCAUUGCUUUCACAAAUGUAACCUACUAUUCUCUUCACAUCGACUCCAACGAUUAUUUUUUUCAGGAUUCAUACUAUCAAUACAAAACCAAAUUGUCUAUAAAAUCGAAGCAAAUAACAAAUGAUGCCGGGUAUGAGGAUAGUAACGAAUUGAAGUUGUGUAAAUCGAAAGAAGGAGCAAAUGUUACUACAAUUAUGUUCAUUAUCAUUGGCACAUGCUCUGGAGCAAUGUUCAUUCUCAUCCUGUUAACUGUUCUCUAUAGACAAAAAUAUAUGUGGAUGAGGAAAUUGAAGAAAUUCAAAACGUCUCACACUCAUGAUUCAAUCGACGAUCAAAUGAUUGACUACUGGGAGCUUUCCUGGGAGAAACUGGUUGUGAAGAAUGAGAAACUGGGUCACGGAGCAUAUGGACAUGUAUUCAAAGGAAAAAUCAACGGAAUCCCACCGGCUAUUAACAAGUUUUUGACAGCAGAAGCAUUAGAUUUUACGGAUUGUGAUUGUGCGGUGAAAAUGCUUCCAAAAUAUGCAACAGAGUCGGCCAAACAAGAGUUCAGACACGAAAUUGAGCUCAUGAAAAACCUGGGAUUCAAUGAACAUAUUGUGAACAUGCUUGGAUGUAUUACAAUAUCUACGAAAUCCUGUCUAGUCUUGGAGUACUGCUGCCAUCGGGAUCUAUUGCGAUAUGUGAAAAACAAAAAGUGUGAUCUGGAAAUUUCCAGAAGUGUGGAUGACACCAUCGACAGUCACAAGGAAUUUCUGAACUUCGCAUGGCAAAUCACUCAAGGAAUGAGAUUUUUGGUUGAUAAGAAGAUCAUUCAUCGUGAUUUGGCAGCUCGAAAUGUGUUGAUAACUGAGCAAUGUGGGAUGAAAAGUGCGAAAGUUAGUGAUUUUGGAUUAGCGAUUUCAUGUGAGCCAUCGGAAAAUGGAAACGAAGUAACAGGAUCAGAUAGACUUCCAAUUAAAUGGUUAGCAUUGGAGUCUCUUGAAAAAGCAGAAUUCUCCCAUAAAAGUGAUGUUUGGUCGUUUGGAAUUGUCAUCUUUGAAAUGUACUCUCUCGGUGAAGUCCCAUUCGCUGAAAUUGAGCCAACUGAACUGAUUGCUCAUCUGAAAACAGGAGCUCGUCCCAAAACUCCGCUUCUCGCCACGGAUAAAAUCGAAGAAAUUAUGGCAUCUUGUUGGGAAGAGAAGCCGUUGAAACGACCGGAAUUCGAUGAGCUAUCCUCAAUUCUUGCGACACAACUGGAACAGACAACUGAAGGAUAUGGAUACCUACAAUUGAUAAGAACUAGAGAUUAUAGAGUAGUGGCUGAAAUAAAGGGACCGACGGAAGAACAAAAUAAGUCAACAGAUGAACCGAUUUGCAUAGAUGAUCAUCCUCCGUAUGUGACAAGAAAUCGUUCAGUGACGUGGAGAAGCAAACCGAAUGGAGAAGCGAAAUUGGGAAGAGAGUACAGUCUGACAACUCAUGUUUGUGAAGAUGAAACUUCGCAAAAACAAGCGCCCAACGGAACCCCAAAACUUCCCACAACUACUGAACCUCAUGAGAAUAAUAAGAAAGAUAAAAAGAAAUCCUAUCUGAAUCUUCCCAAUCUUCUACCUUCUCUGAAUUCGAUCAAUCCAUUUUCCAAGGACAACGAGUUUAAAAAAACAUUAAAAAAAAAGAAAUUCUACUCUCGAAGAGGUUCAGUUCCCUACUAA